AUGAAGACUGCUCAAGUCCUGCAUCGGAUGUGGAGCCAGGCUGUUAGAAAGUUGGGGAUUUUGAAAGGCCAUGCCCACGGCAUGGAAGAACUGAUAUGGGAGCAGUACACUGUGACCCUACAGAAGGAUUCCAAAAGAGGAUUUGGGAUUGCAGUAUCUGGAGGCAGAGACAACCCCCACUUUGAGAAUGGAGAAACGUCCAUCGUCAUCUCUGAUGUGCUCCCAGGUGGACCUGCCGACGGUCUGCUCCAAGAAAAUGACAGGGUUGUCAUGGUCAACAACACCCCCAUGGAGAACGUGCUCCAUUCCUUUGCUGUUCAGCAGCUGAAAAAGAGUGGCAAGAUUGCUACUAUGGUGGUGAAGAGGCCCCGGAAGGUCCAGCUGGCCCCGCUGAGGAGCAGCCCUCCCAUGGAUCACAACGACAGGGCUUUUGAGGUGAUGGACGAGUUUGACGGCAGAAGCAUCCGCAGCGGGUACAGUGAGCGGAGCUGGCGUGAGCGAAGCGGCAGCUGGGAUGACAGUCCUAAUAGGGGGCGCCCUCACGACCGCGCACCUAGCCGGGAGCAGCUCCACAGCAGGGACCGGAGCCGGGGCCGCAGUCUGGAGCGAGGUCUGGACCACGACAGCGGGCGAUCCCGGGACCGCAGCCGUGGACGGAGCAUCGACUACGAAGGGCCCUAUGAGGGGAACUACGACCGGCCCUACAGCCCAGCUGUGGAGCACAGCCGCAGAGCCCAGACCGAUGCCCGCUAUGAAGGGUACCGGAGCCGCAGCCGGGAGCAUCUCAACUCUCGCAGCCCCAGCCCGGAGCAGAGGGCACGGCCAGACUCAGAUCGGCCCAUUGGGGUCCUUCUGACAAAAAGCAAAGCCAGUGAAGAGUAUGGUCUCCGGCUUGGGAGUCAGAUCUUCAUAAAGGAAAUGACCAGAACGGGUCUAGCCACUAAAGAUGGCCACCUUCAUGAAGGGGACAUCAUCCUCAAGAUCAAUGGAACUGUCACUGAGAACAUGUCUUUAACGGAUGCUCGAAAACUGAUAGAAAAGUCCAGAGGAAAACUCCAGCUGGUGGUACUGAGAGACAGCAAGCAGACCCUUAUCAACAUCCCAUCAUUAAACGACAGUGAUUCAGAGAUAGAAGAUAUUUCCGAAAUAGAGUCAAACCGAUCAUUUUCUCCUGAUGAGAGAAGACACCAGUAUUCUGAUUAUGAUUAUCAUUCCUCCAAUGAAAAGCUGAAGGAAAGACCAAAUUCAAGAGAGGACACAUCGGGCAGAUUGUCCAGGAUGGGAGCCACGCCCACUCCAUUUAAGUCCACGGGUGAUAUUGCAGCUCCGGUUGUCACAGAAACCAAUAAGGAACCCAGACACCAAGAGGAACCACCAGCUCCUCAGCCAAAAGCAGCCCCAAGAACAUUUCUUCGUCCUCGUCCCGAAGAUGAAGCAAUAUACGGUCCUGAUACCAAGAUGGUAAGGUUCAAGAAGGGAGACAGCGUGGGCCUCCGGUUGGCUGGUGGCAAUGACGUUGGGAUAUUUGUCGCUGGCAUUCAAGAGGGAACCUCAGCAGAACAGGAAGGCCUUCAAGAAGGAGACCAGAUUCUGAAGGUGAAUACCCAGGAUUUCAGAGGGCUGGUUCGGGAGGACGCUGUUCUCUACCUGUUAGAAAUCCCCAAAGGUGAAAUGGUGACCAUUUUAGCUCAGAGCCGAGCCGAUGUGUACAGAGACAUCCUGGCUUGUGGCCGAGGAGAUUCAUUUUUUAUAAGAAGUCACUUUGAAUGUGAGAAGGAGACACCACAGAGCCUGGCCUUCACCAGGGGCGAGGUCUUCCGAGUGGUCGAUACGCUGUAUGAUGGCAAGCUGGGCCACUGGCUGGCUGUGAGGAUCGGAAACGAGUUGGAGAAAGGCCUAAUCCCUAACAAGAGCAGGGCUGAGCAGAUGGCCAGUGUUCAGAGUGCCCAGAGAGACAAUGCUGGGGACAGGGCAGAUUUCUGGAGAAUGCGUGGCCAGCGAUCCGGAGUAAAGAAGAACCUACGGAAGAGUCGGGAAGAUCUCACAGCUGCUGUGUCUGUCAGCACCAAGUUCCCAGCUUACGAGAGGGUUUUGCUGAGAGAAGCUGGUUUCAAGAGACCUGUGGUCCUAUUUGGCCCCAUAGCAGACAUAGCAAUGGAAAAGUUGGCAAAUGAGUUACCUGACCAGUUUCAAACCGCUAAAACGGAGCCAAAAGAUGCAGGAUCUGAGAAAUCCAGUGGGGUGGUGCGGUUAAACACCGUGAAGCAAAUUAUUGAACAGGAUAAGCAUGCACUAUUGGAUGUCACUCCAAAAGCUGUCGACCUGUUGAAUUAUACUCAGUGGUUCCCGAUUGUGAUUUUUUUCAACCCAGACUCUAGACAAGGGAUCAAAACUAUGAGACAGAGGUUGAAUCCAACGUCCAACAAAAGUUCUCGAAAGUUACACGAUCAAGCUAAUAAACUUAAAAAAACUUGUGCACAUCUUUUUACAGCUACAAUCAACCUAAAUUCAGCCAAUGACAGCUGGUUUGGCAGCUUGAAGGAUACAGUUCAUCACCAGCAAGGAGAAGCAGUGUGGGUCUCUGAAGGAAAGAUGGAAGGGGUGGAUGAUGACCCCGAAGACCGUAUGUCCUACUUAACCGCCAUGGGUGCGGACUAUCUGAGUUGCGACAGCCGUCUCAUCAGUGACUUUGAGGACACCGACGGAGAAGGAGGCGCCUACACUGACAAUGAGCUGGAUGAACCAGCUGAGGAGCCACCGGUGUCUUCCAUCACCCGCUCCUCGGAGCCGGUGCAGCAUGAGGAGGCCAGAACCCAAAACAGAGAAGAACUUUAUGAUCUUUCCAAGUCCCAUGAAUACAAGUCAAACCCCUCCACCAUGGCCACUAGUGACGUUCCCAUGCCACCUGCCAGAGCAUACCCCCCUCCAGUGGCAGCAAAACCUGCUGUUGGAAGGUCUAUACUAAAGGUCUCCACUCCCGUCCCAGCCCCAGAGAGUGAGGAGGUGGGGGAGGGCAGUGAGGAGCAAGAAAACACUCCUAAGUCAGUCCUGGGCAAAGUCAAAAUAUUUGAGAAGAUGGAUCACAAAGCAAGAUUACAGAGAAUGCAAGAGCUCCAAGAAGCCCAGAAUGCAAGGAUCGAAAUUGCACAGAAGCUUCCUGAUAUCUAUGCAGUCCCAAUCAAAACACACAAGCCAGACCCCGGCCUGCCCCAGCACACAAGUUCCAGAGCCCCUGAGCCACAGAAAGGCCCUUCCAGACUUUCUCAGGUUGCCAGAGGAAGUUACAGCAGCGACACUGAGGAGGAGGAAUACCGUCAGCAGCUGUCGGAACAUUCGAAGCGUGGUUACUAUGGCCAGCCUGCCCGGUACCGAGACACAGAAUUAUAG